UGUGUGGGACUAAGAGGACCGCAAUGCAAACUGGAGACACUGAGGCUAAUUCAGUGUCACCUCUCUAAAGCAAGAUGUGAAAUGAUGGCUUCAGUGCUGCAGAAGACACCUUCCCAUCUGAGAGAGCUGGACAUGAGUAACAAUGAUCUGCAGGAUGAAGGAGUGGAGCUGCUCUGUGUGGGACUAAAAGAUCCACAGUGCAAGCUGGAGACACUAAGACUGUCUGGUUGUCAGAUCACCCAGAAGGGCUGUUCUUUCUUGUCCUCUGCCCUCAAAUCAAACCCCUCCUACCUCAAGCAACUGGAUCUGAGCUACAAUCACCCAGGAGACUCAGGUGUCAAACAGCUCACAGAGAGACUGGAUGAUCCCAACUGUAAACUAGAGACUUUCAGGUAUGACUAUGGAGGAGAGGGCAGGAUUAAACCAGGACUGAGAAAAUAUGCCUGUGAGCUCACACUGGACCCAAACACAGCAUACAGAAAUCUCUCUCUCUCUCAGGGGAACCGAAAGGUGACGCGUGUGAGUGAGGAGCAGCCGUAUCCUGACCACCCAGAGAGAUUUGACGCCAACUCUCAGGUGCUGUGCAGAGAGGGUCUGACCGGACGCUGCUACUGGGAGGUCGAGAUCAGUGGUCAUUUCGUUUUUACAGCAGUGGCCUAUAAGAGCACCCAGAGGAAAAGGGACGACAGCGAGGACAGCUGCGUGUUUGGUUGGAAUGCCAAGUCCUGGAGUCUGGAGUGCUCUGGUAAGAGUUACUCUGCCAUGCACGACAGCAAGAAGCCCGUCCCUGCUCCCUGCCCCCGCUCCAGCAGAGUAGGAGUGUACCUGGACUGGCCAGCAGGCACGCUGUCCUUCUACGGCGUCUCCUCCAACACUCUCACCCACCUGCACACGUUCCACUCCACAUUCACUGAGCCCCUCUAUCCUGGGUUUUGGGUUAGUAAUAAUAGCACCUCAGUGUUCCUGUGCCAGAUCACAUGACCUGCUAAUCCUGCAGCAGAGGAGAGCCACACACCUCUUGUUCCUCUUCUCUCUGACUGUGUUUUCUACUUCUUUCUACUUCUACUUCUACCUCAGUUUCUCAGGAAAUCUCAGGAAGACACUUGUGUUCCAUAACACGUUAAUCUCACAGUUGCGACACACCUACAGUACCAUGAAAAGAAAAUGAAAGGAAGACAAAUAAUAUCCAAGGUCAUUGCUGGAAACAUUUUGAAAAAGUACCGGUUAGUGUAUGCAGCGCACAAAGAGCUGGGGAUAUCAUACAAAACAAUGAGAAGCAAGACGAUAACAUCUGGUCUUCAAUAUUCCAGAAAGAAGCAUAGCAAUGUGAUAAGCAACAGAGCAAAAGACAAAAUUAAAGAAUUCAUGGAACGUGACAACAAUUUGCGUGCUACCACAGGAACAAAAGACACAAUAACUAAACAGAAGGUCAAAAAGCAGAAGUGUUACCUGAAUGAGUCUCUUUUCAGACUGUAUGGACGUUUCAAGGAGGAAUAUCCUCAGGUGAAAAUCUCUUACAGCAAAUUCUGUGAGAAUCGUCCUUUCUGGAUAGUGAAACCCUCUAUUCAGGACAGGGAUACCUGUUUAUGCAAGACCCAUGCAAACAUUCAACUCAUGGCCGAUAAGUUGCUCUUUUUGAAAGUGAUUAGUAGCAACAGAAUUGAAAGCAUAAUGCUUUCACUCUGUUUUGAAAGUCCAAAUUAUGCGUGCAUGUAUAGAGAGUGUGUCCGUUGCCAGGACAAAGUAGUGCAAACGGCAGCAUUUGAACCUGGUGAGCAAACACAGUGGAUGGAAUGGCGGAGCAAAGCUCAAAUCAGGGAGAAAAAGAAAGGUGGCGAGAAAGUGACAUUCACUGCUUCAGAAUUGUUGAACUGUCAGAUUGAAGUUGUUUGGGAUACUUAAAAUUAAUAUUGUGAUGUCAGUGUUUUACCUGGGGCCUGUACUACGAAGCGGGGUUACUGGCUUAGCUGGGUAACUUCGAGAGUAUGUUGAUCACGUGUGGUGUAACUUCCCGGUUAACCCGUACUACGAAAGAUGGAUAGGUUUUAACCGAGGUAUGCUGCCAUGGCAAUUUACGCUGCAUCUCAAACCUGCUCCGAGCAGGUUAUGAUCUUGGUUAACCCGAGGUUUGCGGUUAACCACACCCCACAAUGUCGACGUAGGCUACUUGGAAGAUACAUUAUUGGAGCGCAAAUUGUAAGCGCCUCUCUUCGCAAGGCGAGGGUUUUUAAAGACCGCCAGAAUCUUUCUCCAUAUAAUAUUCUCUAUGAAAAUAUAUACAUUCUCAGCUGAGGGAAUUCGUUGCAUUUGUCAGCUGAUCGAGGCAAAGUGGAGGCUAUAAGCAUUGGCAAUAUAACAUAUUUUCAUAAUUAAGAAAUAUUAAUGCAAGCUAUAACUAGGCCUAUAAACCUUCUGAAUGUUUUUGAGUUUCAUUUUCACCUGUUGCCAGCGGCACUGCCGUUGCAUCUAAAAUGUUCACAGGAUAGGCAUACACUAAAUCAGUCAAUGGGGCUAAACAUUCAAUUAUCCUUUAUUCAUAGUUAUUAAUAUACAUGGCAUGAAUUGUUUUGCAUCUGUAGGACUCUUAUGAACUCAAAAUGUAUUUAUUCCAACACAUUUCAGACAUUCCGCAAGCUAUUAAUCCUCCGUAACACAUAGGCUAUUUAAGGAACAUGAAAUAAAACUUUACUUUCAUAUAUCCGAUCUGCAAUAGCCUACGUUGCCAACAGCCUUGUCUUGCUUUGUUUGCUGCCGACGUAUUUGAUGUAUCGUAAAGUGGGUUUUAAUUCCUCGCAACUUUUUAUAAUCAUUGCGCAUUGCUUAUCCGUAAAAUAACGUGAUCGCGUCAUCAUUAAAAGUGAUGAUUUGCGCUGCAACCCGCCCAUUUUAUGUGAACGCGCACCAACUCCGAUGAGGUUAACUCCAGUUCAACAAAUCAACUUCUUACUCAGCGUCGUAGUACCGAUUAACACCAAUGAAGAUAACCAGGUUUUGUCAACCCCGGUUUAGCAAAGUAACCCUGGGUUACAUAUGGGUAGGUUGAGCUCCCUUCGUAGUACAGGCCCCUGGUCUAACUGCCCUCCUCUUUCAUGUUUUUUUUUAUUCAACAUGGUUAUUAUGACAUUAUUAAAUAGUCUGUUUAGACUAUAAUUAUACUGAACCAAUCCUGUUCACAAGGAACACAGUUCAUGUUUGGUCUUCCAUAAUCAGAUUAAACUUGGUUUUGAUGUAAACAGAUUAGUUGGUGUUUAUUUUGGUCUGAAGUCAAACAAUGAAUGCAGUGAAAGCUCUUAAAUUAUAGUAUUAUAAUAGGUCACUAUCAGUGAUUUGUUAUCACCACAAAUUUACCAAAUUUGCCAUUUACCAGAACUGCAGUGUCAUACAUAUGUUUGCCAAUAAAUUGUGUAUAAAUUACAA